GCAGAUCCUUCUCUCACGCGCCACUUCUGGUCCCGAUCUCGAUUCGCCGACUGAGCCCGCUCUCUUGCGAGCGCUGUUCUAGCGGGGGCAAGGAUGUAGCCACUGGAAGACGAUCUUGGCGGGUGAUGGUCAUUGUGCAUGCAUGACUGAGCGAUUACUUCGUGACAAGCGACGAUCGACUGCGCGGGAAGCCGCUCGUCGAGAUUGAACUCGUUAUAACCGUCGGCCUGAACGUCUCUCUCCCAUCUGUCUCCCGACAUGAGCAAACCCAUCGCAUUGAUCACAGGAUGCUCGAACGGCGGCAUCGGGGCUGCUUUCUGCAGAAAGUUGCUCGCAAAAGGGUACAUCGUCUACGCCACCGCGCGCUCCGUGCAGGCCAUGUCCGACCUGGAUCACGAGAACGCGCACCAGCUCGUGGUGGACGUCACGGACGACGCGUCCGUCGCGAAGGCUAUCGACACCGUGUACGCCGAGACGGAGGGCAUCGACCUGCUCAUCUCGAACGCCGGCUUCGCGCAUAUCGGACCGCUGUUGGACACGCCGUUUCAGGAGGGCAUGCGCGUGAUGCAGACGAAUUUCUUCGGCUUCGUGCGCCUCGUCAAGAACGUCGUCCCGCGUAUGGCGCGCCGCGGGCACGGGACGGUCGUCGCUAUCAGCUCGAUCCUCGGCGAGCUCCCCAUGCCGUUCGAAGGUUUCUACAACGCGAGCAAGGCUGCGCUGCGGUCGUACACGGAGACGCUCCAGAUGGAGUGUAAACCUCUGAAAGUCAAGGUGGUGCUCGUCGCACCAGGAUCCAUCCGGAGCAACAUUGCCGCGAAAUCAGCGUAUACGGUCCCCGAGGACUCGUUCUACAAGGCUUUCGAGAAGCAGAUCCAGCGCGUCAUGUACCUGAGCCAGACGGCCGAGUACGGGGUCAUGGACACCGACCAGUUCGCCAACGCCAUCAUCGGUGACGUGACCUCCGCGAGCCCGUCGCCCUACAUCUCGAUCGGCGGAUUCACGACCAAGGCGUGGCUCCUCCAGUGGGUGAAGCGCACCUGGGCACUGGACUUGAUUUGGAAUUCUGUCAAGGCGGAGCCCAAGUAGUUUGAUGAAUCCUACAUCUGCUGUAGAUUACUCAUUUAUGCGGGGGAUGUGCUGGUAUGCAGCAUAUCAGUUGGUCGCAAGGCCUGUGGAAAAAAAUGACGGGCGAAGAAAAAAAGGUCGCCCACCGCGCUUUUUCAACAGAUAGGCCGAAUAAGGUGCGGCACAAAAACAAAGAGGUG